CGCCGGCCGAGGAGGGAGCGCGCCGGCGAGGAGAAGCCCCAGCGUUUACCCCUCUGCGCUCCGUUCGCCUCGAGUUCCGUGUCUUGCCCCCCACCCAUGCUGCUCAGCCUGCGCUCCGGAGGGAACAGUCGCAUCGGAAGGAGCUAUUACUUUAUACAGCCAGCAUGAGGCUCCCCGAGGGCGUAAGGAGAUGCCGCACUGAGCAGCAGGGGAAGAAUCUGCCUCUCAGCUGUUGCACCGGAGCCCGGCGGCAGGCGCGGUCCUCGCGGCUAGGGGCCAGGGACAGCCGCUGACUGGUGGGCCCGGGCGUGCCUGCACGUGUGGCGAACAUGAAGGAAGUAAAGUAAAACCGGGGAAAAGUGGCUCAGGUGGACGAGAGCCAGUGAAACAAAACAAACACCUUUGAAAGGGCUUUAAUUCACGGGAAAGGAUUGAAAAGGGUGCUACUUCCAAGGGAAAAUGUGACCUGUUUAAAACGGUUGAAGGAAGAUGCCGGUUGUCAACGCAUGCACCUAAACCAAAGACAAAGUGUUAGAAUGGCAUAAAAUAUGGCCCAGUUCUACUACAAAAGAAGUGUCAAUGCUCCCUACAGAGAUCGUAUCCCUCUUCGUAUUGUACGGGCAGAAUCUGAACUGUCUCAUUCAGAGAAAGCCUAUCUGAACGCUGUGGAGAAAGGAGAUUAUGCCAGUGUAAAGAAAGCUUUGGAAGAAGCAGAAAUUUAUUUCAAGAUCAAUAUUAAUUGCAUUGAUCCCCUGGGAAGAACUGCACUCCUUAUUGCAAUUGAAAAUGAGAACCUUGAGCUCAUUGAGCUGCUCUUAAGUUUUAAUGUAUAUGUGGGAGACGCCCUGCUGCAUGCCAUACGAAAGGAGGUAGUUGGUGCCGUGGAGCUGCUUUUAAACCACAAGAAGCCCAGUGGGGAGAAACAGGUGCCACCAGUGCUUCUGGACAAGCAGUUUUCAGAGUUUACACCGGACAUCACACCCAUUAUUCUGGCUGCCCACACCAACAAUUACGAAAUCAUAAAGCUCCUUGUGCAGAAAGGAGUCUCCGUGCCCAGGCCACACGAGGUCCGCUGUAACUGCGUUGAAUGUGUCUCAAGUUCAGAUGUGGACAGCCUCCGCCACUCUCGAUCCAGACUUAAUAUCUACAAGGCUCUGGCGAGCCCCUCAUUGAUUGCUUUGUCCAGUGAGGAUCCUUUUCUUACUGCUUUUCAGCUGAGCUGGGAGCUGCAGGAACUGAGUAAAGUCGAAAAUGAAUUUAAGUCGGAGUAUGAGGAACUGUCAAGGCAAUGCAAGCAAUUUGCAAAAGAUCUCCUGGAUCAGACACGGAGUUCCAGGGAAUUGGAAAUUAUUCUUAAUUACAGAGAUGAUAAUAGCUUGAUAGAAGAACAAAGUGGUAAUGAUCUUGCAAGAUUGAAACUGGCAAUUAAGUACCGUCAAAAAGAGUUUGUUGCUCAGCCCAACUGCCAGCAGCUGCUCGCAUCUCGCUGGUACGACGAGUUCCCCGGAUGGAGGAGGCGACACUGGGCUGUGAAGAUGUUGACAUGUGUUGUGAUAGGACUCCUUUUCCCGAUCUUCUCUGUGUGCUACCUGAUAGCUCCCAAAAGCCCAUUAGGGCUGUUCAUCAGAAAGCCAUUUAUCAAAUUUAUCUGCCAUACUGCAUCCUACUUGACUUUUCUGUUCCUGCUGUUGCUUGCCUCUCAGCACAUUGACAGGUCAGACUUGAGCAUGCAGGGACCGCCACCAACCAUCGUCGAGUGGAUGAUAUUACCGUGGGUCCUGGGUUUUAUCUGGGGUGAAAUUAAACAGAUGUGGGAUGGUGGACUACAGGACUACAUUCAUGAUUGGUGGAAUCUUAUGGAUUUUGUAAUGAACUCCUUGUACUUAGCAACAAUCUCUUUGAAAAUUGUUGCGUUUUCAAAGUAUAGUGGGUUAGUUCCACGGGAGAGCUGGGACAUGUGGCAUCCAACCUUGGUGGCUGAGGCCCUGUUUGCAAUCGCAAACAUCUUUAGCUCCCUACGCUUGAUCUCAUUAUUCACUGCAAAUUCUCACCUGGGACCUCUGCAGAUAUCUCUAGGAAGAAUGUUGCUGGACAUUUUGAAGUUUCUCUUCAUAUACUGCCUUGUGCUGCUAGCUUUUGCAAAUGGAUUGAACCAGCUGUACUUCUACUACGAGACAAAUGAACCUGGCAACUGCAAAGGAAUACGAUGUGAAAAGCAGAAUAAUGCAUUUUCAACAUUAUUUGAAACGCUGCAGUCAUUAUUCUGGUCUAUAUUUGGACUCAUCAAUCUCUAUGUGACCAAUGUGAAAGCAAGGCAUGAAUUUACUGAAUUUGUUGGGGCCACCAUGUUUGGUACCUAUAAUGUAAUCUCCCUGGUUGUUCUACUCAACAUGCUAAUAGCCAUGAUGAAUAAUUCUUACCAACUUAUUGCUGAUCAUGCAGACAUUGAGUGGAAGUUUGCUCGAACAAAACUCUGGAUGAGUUACUUCGAAGAAGGAGGAACUCUACCCACUCCUUUUAAUGUCAUACCAAGCCCAAAGUCUCUGUGGUAUCUGAUCAAAUGGUUAUGGAAACACCUUUGUAAGAAAAAAAUCAGAAGAAAACCUGAAAGUUUUGGAACAAUAGGGAGGCGUGCAGCUGACAAUCUGAGAAGACAUCAUCAGUACCAGGAAGUUAUGAGAAAUCUGGUGAAAAGAUAUGUUGCAGCAAUGAUAAGAGAUGCCAAAACUGAGGAAGGACUGACAGAAGAAAAUUUUAAGGAGUUAAAACAAGAUAUUUCCAGCUUUCGUUUUGAAGUCCUGGGUUUGUUAAAAGGAAGCAAGCUGUCUAAUUUGCAGAGCGCAAAGAUGAACAAAGACACUUCCUCUCUGUCAGAAAAUGAAGAAAAUAGUGAGAGUGAAGAAAACAAGAAAGGAAAGAAAAAGAACUUCAGCCUUUUUGACAUAACAACCAUGAUUCACCCAAGAUCAGCCACUAUUGCCUCUGAAGCACAUAAUGUAAGCAACGGCUCAGCAAUGAUGGUGUCAGAGUCCACUAAGGAGAAACAAAAGCGUGUGAAUUUUGUAACAGACAUAAAAAAUUUUGGGUUAUUUCACAGACGAUCAAAACCAAACUCUGUGGAGCAGAGUACAAAUAAAAUAUACACUGUUUCCGAAGAAGUUUCCCGUCAACAGGCAGAAGAACAAUGUGAGAAAACUGAUGAACUGGAAGAGGGAGAACUGACCAUGAACUGUGAAUUAAAUAUCGAAAGCCCUGACAAAAAAUGUGUGUUAGCUGAAUCACAAAAUAAUGGUGACUCUUUGGAUUCACAAGAAGAGGGAAGUAUUUGUGCUUCAGAAACAGAGAAAAUGGAGUUACAGAACUCAGAACCAGCCACACCGCAGGAUCAGCUGGACAAGGAGUUGGACAUUAACCUUGACUGUGAUGAGAAACAGGAAACAAUUGAUCAGGGUGAUUAUGUGAUAACAAGGUUGUGAUGCUUACAGGAGGAAGCAUUUACAAAUAUAUAUAUUUUGCAUAGUGCUUUGGGGGGGGGGAAUGUUCUAAGAGUUAUAUUAGCAAAUGCAGAAUUACACUUUAUAGUACUCAACUGUGGCACAUGAUCUUGUAACAGUAGUCAAGAGAAAGAUAAUACGGGAACCUUCUGUUUUGUAACCUGCUUUAGCUUUCACGAUUCGUUUUACAUUUUUUAAUAAAUGGAAGCAUCUUGUAUUCUUGUACUGUUGCAAUAACCCACAGAAACUUUUUAGCUAUCUUUUUCAAUUACAACAAAUGCAAUUUCUCUCAUAUGAUAGUUGACUCCUAUUAUAAAUAUUUUUCUAUGCAAAUAAAAAGUAGCUUAAGAGACUUGUAAGCCUUUAUUUAACUUUGUAGGUUCUUAAAAGAUUCUGGGCACCAGAAUAAUCAUAAGCUGCUCCUGUCAGCAUAAUUCAUGUCAAGCUAUUAGAAUCAUUUAUUUAAAUUGCUAUAAACUUAAUUUGUUUCAAAAGCUAUACAGAAUCAAAAGAUAAAGUAUGUUCUUUUAUUUAUUGAAGGAAUAUGAAUACCUGUAAAUUAUGAAAGAUCAGUCUAUUUGAUUAUUUAAUUACAGCUUUUCCCCCUCAGCGAGAGGAUUAUCACCAUCCUGAUACCAUUGUUAGAAGCAUUUGCAGGAUUUGAAGACUGUAAAAAAAAGGUGUUUCUUAUAGGAAAAGAAAUAACUGUGUCUUGCUAAAAACUGAUGACGGAUUACUCCCUGGAAAUCCGUAAUCACAUCAGCUACUGCUUCUUCAAUCAUUUAUUUUUCCAAACAUGGACAACCUAUGCAUUUUGCCUUCAACCUAUGCUUUUGACUUCACAAUACACUCGUAUUUGCUAAGAGGAAGAUACUUCAGGAAUAAAAAAGCAUACAAUUAUCCCCUGAGUACUUGGAAAAAUGCGGCAAUUUGUUGAGAAGUUUUUAAAGGCAAGCCUUAAGAUGAGUUUUUUUCACAACUUCAGAGUUUUGGGGGAACAAGAUUGGAGGUUUUGAUAAAAAAUACUUAGACAUUUAAAUGUAUAAAGAAAACCUAAUAGUAUUUUUCAUAACUGAUGAGUGACUUAUUGUCUUAGUCAAAACCAGUAUUUUUUAAAUUAAACAGUCUUUUUCUUUUUAA